AACAGGUUGGCAGGAAGUGGAUCUGCAGACCUGGGGGGCACGAAUGAGUGUCCUCUGGCAGGCCUCGGGUGGGCCACCAGAGCGGCCAGAAAGUAACAGCCGGGUGAUGACAGUGGCCGUUUCAAGGCCUGACUUCAACUCCUUACACCCACAAUCACCCCAGAAUAGGCUGCCGUCGGUCGGGUGGGCGGUGCCUGCGCUCGGCCUCGGGACGCCCGGAGCACAGCCUGGGUUUCGGUUUCGGACGGGUGCCGCCUCGCCUCGGUCACGUCAGGCUGCGGUUCCCGUGGCAACGCCAAUCCUCGGCCGACCCGGGCGGCGGAAGCAGCGACACUGGCCGGCCCCGCACUGGGAGCCGGGCGAAGCCGGGUGAAGCCCGGCGGCGGGUUGGACUGUGCGCCCGGCCAUGCGGCGCCCACUCUGGCUCCUGCUGCCCCUGCUGCUCUUGGCGCUCGCGGGCGCGCUGGGUCAUCGCGGCCCCGCCGGGCCGAGGGAGGCGGCCGAGGAGGCAGGCGCUGGUCGGGCCUGGCGGGCGAUCCAGGGUCUGCAGGAGCGGCUGAGGGCGGCCGGCGGCGUCUCCAAACGGUACUGGGUGCUUUUCAGCUGCCGCUUGUGGCCCGAGACCUGUGACCAGGACGAGGAGGACCCCCCGCGGCCCCCGGGCUGGAGCCUCCCACUGUUGGGCAAGCAGUACCUGGAUAUCCUGACCACGUGGUACUGCAGCUUCGGGAACUGCUGCGAUGGCGGGGACUGCAGGAUCUCCAACAACUUCCCAGGCCUGGAGUCGGACCUGAAUGUGCGGCUGCACGGCCAGCAUCUGGCCCAGGAGCUGGUCCUGACCACAGUGAGGGGCUAUUUAGAGUUGCCCCGGCCAGACAAGGCCCUGGCCCUGUCGUUCCACGGCUGGUCUGGCACAGGCAAGAACUUCGUGGCGCGGAUGCUGGCGGAAAACCUGUACCGGGACGGGCUGCGGAGCGACUGCGUCCAGGUGUUCAUCACCAUGCUCCACUUCCCUCACCCCAAGUCUGUGGACCUGUACAAGGAGCGGCUGACAGACCAGGUGAGGAAGAUGCAAGCGCACUGCCAUCAGACCCUGAUCAUUUUUGAUGAGGCCGAGAAGCUGCACCCGGAACUGCUGGAGGCCUUGGGGCCACACCUGGAACGCCAGGCCCCCGACAACCACAGGGCUGAGUCCCGGAGGACCAUCUUUCUUUUUCUCAGUAACCUUGGGGGCAAUAUCAUCAAUGAGGUGGUCCUGAAUCUGCUUAAGGCUGGAAAGGCCCGGGAAGAAAUUACCAUGGAACACCUGGAGCCCCACCUCCAGGCUGAGAUUGCGGCGUCCACAGACAGUGACUUUGGCCACAGCCGUCUUGUGAAGGAAAACCUGAUUGACUUCUUNUCUGUUCCAUUGAUCUAUGUGCCUGUUUUUAUGCCAAUACCAUGCUGUUUUGAUUACUAUAGCUUUGUAAUAUCAUUUGAAAUGUAACUCACCGGGAAUCCCCCCUUAGAAGGGCAUUAAGUUUUCAAGUCAGCAAAUUAGUUGAAAAUCAAGUACAAACUACCCUCAAAAAUGCUCAGGAUAGACUCAGUCAGAGGGUAGUUUCCUAAUAAGGCCAGAUCUGCGUGUUCUCUCCCCAGCCUUGGAAGGUCUGUUUCUUCCCUGAUCAUGAGGAAGUCACUGGCUUAAAAUUCAGGGUACAGUGUGUUGAGUGGGAAGCGUUGCCUGCCUCCCAAGUGGCAACCCCACCAUGCUGGGCUCGUCACUCAACUGCUGCUUUCCCCUUUCUGCUUUGUUCAGCUGUGUGCCCCAGGCUGUGGAAAUGGCUUUGCAAAAAGCGAACUUGCACAUCAGCUUGUCAAGGCUUAUAUUUUUAUGGAGGCUUCAACUGGGAAUGUCCUGCCCAAGGUGUGUUAGAAGUCAGGCCUGGGUCCCUGUUGGCCCAACUUGGAGUAGAAGGCAAACCACUUGUUCCCCCAGCCCUUCCCCUCCGCAGGCCAGCACAUGCUUGCUAGGCGAUUUCCCCAGCUUUUGGGGGUACCCUGUGAGGGUGUGGAACUAGGGGGUCUGGUUUUUCAUCCAGGGUGGAGACUGUGAAGGAGUGAGCCCUGGAGGCCAGAUCUUGUCUCACUGUGGACACACAAGACAAGAUGGAACCAGUUGAAACACCAGGCUGAGGUUUCGGUGCAUUGAUGGCACUACGUGCUUUGUGAAGGAGGGCAGGGGGGGCCUCCCAAGGUGGUUUUAAGAGAAAAGCAGUGGUUUUCUGACAUGAUUGGCUCUGUAUUGUUGACCAGCUUCUGGGGCAGCCCAAAGAAUAGAGCACUUCCUGUCGCAGUGAGUUAGGUGGAGGGCGUCUAGGAGUUUGCAGACACCACCAGUCCCUCCCACCGAGUGCAAGGAAGCCUGGUGACCGGCUCACUGGGCAUUCCCUGUUGUAGAAAUCUGUUGACUUUGCGCCUAGUUCCUUCCUCUCUCCUCGGCCUGAGCCAGCUCUGCCUCGUGGCUGAGGCUGACCUCUCCUCCACUUGGGUUCGGCCCGGUUCUCUGCACCACUGCCAGGAUUUCCUAAUGUGAUGUAGGUGAACUUGCUCUCUCUACACAAAUGUUUGCCCUUUCCCCCAGUGUCCCAGACUUUGUGCACCAUCCGAGGUCACCCAUGGACCAUGAAUGGUUGAGACAGGACCCUGUGGGCCUGUGCUACCCCAGGAUGGAGAGGGGGACGCCACACCUGUGACAGGGAUGUGGCCUCAGUGCCCAAGGGCCAGCGCCGUCCCACCCUCUAAACCCUGAAGGUUUUCAGGAAUUCUAGUGAUGGGUGGGGGAAGACCAUAUAGUUGAGUCUGUUCAAGAACAGAAAUGCAGCUGAGUAAAUUGGAAGAUCUGCUUGGCUUUAUGGAGCGAUUCGCGAAUCAGGCAGCGGCCCAUCCAGCAAACAGGUGCUCCGAGCAGCU